ACGUGAACCGGCAAGGACAUACGCACCGCGCCAUCGCCCAGUGCGCCUCGAUGUUGAAGUUGCUGUCAAGUAGUGAACUUAUUGAAUCGAAGGCAAGUCAAAUUGUCCUGCUGCAGACAGGUGAGACCUUGAUAUCCCUUAUCACCACCCAGCGUCCAUAUGUGAAAGGCAUGACGUUCGAUCCACGGUAUCUGUGCUUUGAGUUCUCGUGGGACAUGGUCUUGCGCGAGGGUCAGUACAAGCUCAUCGACGAGUUCAUGGAGAAGAUGAACAGGGAUGUGGUCCCAGAACACGGCGAGUACAUGCUCGACAAGACACCGGAAGACGACGAGGGCUACGAGAAGCUUGAUGCAGAUCAGGGCCCCCUUCGAGAGGGAUUCUAUCGCAAGGCUCCGGCGCUAGUGAAGCAAUUGAUCAUGGGUGCGGGUAAGACGACUGUCGUUAGCCCAAUGUUGUGCCUCAUGCUCGCAGAUGGGAAGAAACUGGUAACUCAAGUGAUGCCGCCGAAUUUGCUCGAAUUUUCGCGUGGUACUUUGCGGAAGUUCUUCUCGUCUAUCGUGUACAAGCGAGUCAUGACCUUCUCCUGCGAACGAAGCUCUGAGGCGGAUUUCUCCUUGCUCAAGCGAAUAUCCGAUGCGAGGCGCAGCGGCUCCAUUCUUGUGAGCACCCCGGCGUCCGUGAAGUCAUUGAUUCUCAAGUUCGUCGAAGAUCUGUCAUUGAUUCCCUCCUACAAAGAGACAGGGGGCAGCAAGAACAAAGAGUCGGCGAAGCAUCUCGAAGUUCAGGUGACGGUGUGGGCGAAGAUGUUGCGAAUCUUGCGGGAGGGUGUUGUUAUGAUGGACGAAGUUGACAUGGUCCUCCAUCCACUUAAGAGCGAGUUGAAUUAUCCAACGGGGAAGAAACUGCGCUUGGACUUUUCAGAGUCACCUGAGAGCAUACGGUUCAGAUUCCCCAUUCACAUGUUCGAUGCAUUCUAUUUCGCCGACCUGAUGCGUAAAGCAGAAGUCUUACCAGAUGGAAGCAAAAUCAGACCUGCACACUUCCCGAAGGAUCUUUGGGAAGAUGAGGUUGCCAAGGGCGUGUUUGAGGAAUUGAACACCAAACUGGAAGAGGGGUUGGCCAGUAAGUCCCUCAUGCAGGUACCCCACGUCGUGUUGUUGAAGGAGGAGUUCUACUACGAAAGGCUGCUCGACAUCCUUGAGAGAUGGGCGUGGCACUUCAUCACGCAGGUGCAGCCGUCCAUGAACAAUGGAAAUGCUUGCGGCACGGUGCGGAUUUUGUCGUUACAUCACACGACAUCCGAGAUCACGGAUGAGACCGUCUGGGACAGAGUGCGACAAAAAAGAGGUCGAAGCGAAGGUGAUGCAGAGCACCUCAAAUUUUGAAAUGCGGAUUCUCAAUCUUGCCUCGGACUGGUUGGCAGUGUAUCUUCCCCACUGCCUGAAGAAGAUCGACCGCGUGACGUUUGGCUUGAUGAGCGAGGCUGAUUACAAGAAGGCUAUGCAGCUGCAGCCUAACAUGUCACAGUCCCGGAAGUUUUUGGCGAUUCCCUUUGUAGGAAAAGACGUUCCUUCACCGUCCUCUGAGUUUGCACAUCCCGACGUGGUGUUGGGCCUCACCAUCUUAGCGUACCGUUUCGAAGGAUUACGAAUUUCAGAUUUCACAUCAAUCAUGGAACGGCUCAUCUCGUAUGUUAAGAUCGAGCAUGGCCCUCCACGCGAGCGCCCAUCAGCUAAGCGAUUCCAGCAGUGGGUCGAGGAGUCAGGCGGAGUCGUUGCAACUGUGACGGUUGAGACCGAGCGCGAAGAAAAUGCAACCCGCGUCUUGGAGUUGCAGUACACUGAGUUGUCCAACACGGGACAAAUCCAGCAGCUGUACGAAUUGAUGAAAAGGUGUGCGUCUUUGAUAACGUGGUACGUUCUGGAGCUCAUUUUCCCGACGCACAUGGAGUUUAAAAUCACGAAAAUAUGCGCAUCCGGCCAAGACUUAGGGGGGGAAUUGCUAUUCCGUCGUCGCAUCGGCUUCUCUGGAACGCCUAAUGAGAUGCUACCUUUGGAGAUGGGCAAAUGCUCAUUCCAGAAAGGGGAUGACGGCAUGAUUCUUCAUACGCUAACAAAUCCGAACAUCUGCGACGUACAUUUCGUGCAGCACAAUUGUGGACAUCCAAGUUGUUCCAACUGGACUGUUGAUAGUUUGCUCUUUGAUGUGGCAUGUGCAGAUGCGAAUGCACUCAUCGACACUGGAGCGCUUAUCACUGGUAAGUCAAACAGUGACGUUGCGAGGUAUCUGUUGGAGAAGUGGCACUUCGGUGGGAACAGGGAAGGCUUGCUAGGUGAUACAACAAGACAUCCGAAAAAUGCCGUCGUAUUUUUGGACGAAGAAGAUCGGAAAAUGGUGUUGGUUCGCAACUCCCGCGUGGCGGUGAAAGAAGCAGAUUGUGGAAUUCAGUUGUCGGAGCGGUUCGCUUUCUACGACCAGGUGCAUACCACUGGCAUGGACAUCAAGCACAAGCCAGAUGCACGCGCCAUCAUCACGCUGGGUAAGGACAUGACCUUCCGAGAUUUUGCCCAGGGCGCUUACAGGAUGCGGGGGAUCGGGAAGGGCCAGCGUCUGAGCGUCUGGGUAAUCCCGGAGGUCCAGCAGCUCAUCACAGAUCAGCUCUCAAAGGCGGGCAUGGAGGUGGAUUGGGACACGUCCAAGCCUUCGCCUGAGGAGGCCACAAGACGGCUGCUGGGCUACAUCGCAGCGUGGUUGGUGGUGAACUCGAUGCGCAGCGAGAAAAUGCAGUUCCAAAUGCUCCAGAUACAGAACGCAGAGAACCUAUGGCGGAGGCGCGCUUUUCAAUUCUUGCUCAGCGAGGCCGAGCACGGUUUCGAAAACGGUCACGCCGUAGACGAUCCUGUCAUCCAGCGCCCAGUGAAAGUUUUCGAUCAGCAUUUGCACCUCGAUGUGGAGAGCAAGGUCCCGAAGCGCGUGUCAAUUGCUGACUCCAUCAUUGACAGAAGAAAGGCGGUACGGCAAGUGCUUCUCGGUGUUGUCGUGUACGCGGACUCGGUGGCGCAGCUGGAGGCCCUGAGGCCGGUAUGUGAGCUGAAGCUGGCCGAGCGCUUCGUCAAGGAAGAGUUCGUCGCGCAGGGCGUGCAGCUCCAGGGCAUGAGGCUGCUCACCAUCGACGACUACCCUGCCACCGUCGCCAGGCUCGAUAAGGUCCGAAAGGCGAAGCAUGGGCGAGACGAUUUACUCGACAUGCCAGUGAAGCUCAAGCUGCAGAUGGCUCAUGCGGACCACCCCAGCACUGAAGAGGCGCUCAAGCUGAUGAAGGGCUCGACGUUCCGGGCCAUACUGCACGUCUUGAACAAGGAGUCCCCGGUGGAGGACGAAGCCGACGGGGAUCUGGACGGCGAGCAAGAGCAGGAGCAGGAACAGGAACAGGAGCAGGAGCAAGAGCAAGAGCAGCAACAAGAACUCGAAAUCGAGCAGUUCUUGAAUCAGGCGUACCGGCGUGAGCACGAAGAUCCCAUCCCUUGGGUAUUUGACGAUCAUAUGCGGCCACCGGCAGGCAGAAUGAAAGAUCUGGAUACAUUUGACGAGUUCUUAAAGCAGGCCCCUCGGUCAUCAGUCUUUUAUCAGGCGCAGCACUUCCGCCUGUGGAAGCACAAGCCCUUGGCGUUUCCAGACUAUCUGCUGCUUUCGAGGAACUACUUCAACAGGGACUGGUCGGGACCUCGGCGCCUGAAGAACGUGUGCUGCGUCCUGGACUGGAUCCCGAAGCUGCAGUGGCUCGGCGACCAGCACAAGGACCUCCCCGACGAGCUGAAGGCGCUGGACGCCGACCUCUGCGAGAAGCGCAUCGAGAAGAUGCGGGCGGCCUUCCAGCGCUUCUGGAGGCUGGCGUCCGGCGGCGGAGACGGGGCGCGCAUCAGCGGGGAGCUGGCUCGGGAGGUGCUGGACGAGGCGUUCUGCGACAGGCUCGGGGACCAGCUCCUGCUGGCCGAGCUGGAGAGGCACGGCGGCGGCGGCCCGAGUUCGCUGGGGGCGCUGGGGGCGCUGCUCGGGGGCGCCUUCGCCAGCGCGCCGGCCGAGGAGGCCAGCCUGGACUCCAAGAGCAUCGACGGCGACGGGCUCUGGUCGCUCCUCUGCGACAGGCGCUACAGGAAGAAGCAGGGCGGGCGGUUCUUCGUUGUGGUGUCCCUGGGGGAGGCCGCUACCGUUCGCCGCAUAUUGCACGCGCGGAGGGGUAAGGCCGUCGUCAGCGGACAGAGCGUGGCCGUGUCUCUUCAGUGCGCGGACACCGGUCUUCAGCUGGCGUACGGAAUGUCUCCCAAGCCUUCCAUGGUGGGCUCUCAGGCGAUCGAUUCUUUUCCAAGCGGCCAUCCCUACCAGAGGACGCUGGCGAGCCAGUGCUACAAGCUGAUGGACUGCGCCACUCAGUAUUCCUCGAGCGAGCUGUCGCUCCUCGUGCAGGCGAUGCAGCUGAACACCCCGCUCGAGCGUUGCAAGUGGUUUGAGUACAUGUCCAUGUGCAAGCGGCGGAACAACAGCAAGUGGGGUGAGCGCCCGAUUUCGCAGCUUUUCGAGUUCGACACGGAGUUCGACAUACUGUACCAGCGCAGUCUCUCUCUGACAUGGCGCAGGGAGCUGCUGCACCGGUUCGGAUCGAAGUCGUCGAUGUCAGAGAAUUUCGCAUUGCUGGACACCGAUUGCAACAACAGCCUCGACAUCAAGGAGGUCAUCAAGGCCCUGCGGGACCUCAAGCUUCCCCACACCACGGAGGACGUCGCGACCUACUUCCGAGCGCUGGACGCGAACGGAGACCACCGCGUCGUCUUCGCCGAGUUCUCGCAGUUCCUGCAGCGGUCCACCGCGUCGCUCUCCAGGCUCCGGGCCCUGCACGGCGCGUCGGGCGCGCAGGGCGCCGGCCGCGCGGGCGGCGCGCCGGCCACGCCGGGGCCCUCGGGCGGGCUCCUGCGGGCCCUCCUCCCGUGGGCGCCCUGGGGGCGCGCGGCGGCGGGCGAGGCGCCGGGGGCGCCCGACGCGCCCGACUCGGACGCGGAGGAGGGCGCGCCGGAGAUGGAGGAGGAGGCGCAGAUCCAGACCCAGGCGGAGUCGCUGUUCUACCUCUACCGCCUCACGGGGGACGAGAAUGCCGCUGCGCUCUGCUCUUCGGACUCGGAGUGCUGGUUCGACCCCUUCGCGCCAGUAUGCAGCGCAGGCGGGAGGCGGUGCGUCGCGUCGGCCGCGUUUCGAACGGCGGCGGGGGGGUGCUCGGCGCGCCAGCCGGUGGCGGGGCGCGGCCCACGGGUCGUCGAGCGCACGGCGGGGCACGCGGCGGGCUGCCUGGGGGCGUGCCUCGCCUCGCCGCGGUGUGGAGCCGUCGAGGCCACCUUCAACCGGACCCGCCGGGACUUCGACUGCACGCUCCUUGGCGAGGCCGAGGUGGACGACGCCCGCCGCGACCGCGCGCGGUUCGCGGUCUGCCACAUGCGGGUCCUCGGGUCUCCCAUGGACCACAGGCUGCCGGGCUACCUGGACGAGUACUGGUUCCUGGCCGCCGUGGUCGCGGUGUGCGCCGCGCUGCUGCUCUCGUGCGCGGUGGCCAUCUGCUGCUGCCUCCGCGCCCGAGGCCAGAGGCCCCAGCAGAAGCGGGGGCGGGCGCGGCAGUUUGAGCGCCCCCUGGGCCAGAUCCUGGCCGACCGCCAGCACAACCCGACGGGGUCCUUCAUGGUGCCCGACCCGCUGGGCGCGCAGGGGCUCGAGCCCUCGCCCGCGGCCCGACGGACCCGCACGGAUGCGCGCGACCAUGCCCGGACGUGCCCCUGGGACGGGCACGACCCUGACGGCCCCGUGCUCGAGGACCGCCCUUCCGUCCGGCGCAUCCGCUGCAACCACGUGCCGCAGGCGGAGGUGGAGUCCCUGAACGCGUUCGUCCGCGAGUGGCUGGACCGGGGACGGGCCCCGCGCUACGUCGUUGCGUUCAUAAACCCGCGCUCCGGGGACCAGAGCGCAGAGUUCAUGGAGCGGGAGUUUAACCGCUUGCUGGCCGGCCCGGGGCGCGAGCUGGAGCACGUCGGCAUCGGCACGGCCUGCCGCCUUGGCACUGGCAGCGUGGGCCAGGCGCUGUGGCAGGUCGCGGAGCUGCAGCGUCUGCGGGCGGAGGCGAGGGAGCGGAAGAUCCACCUGCUGGUCUGCGGCGGGGACGGCACGGUGACAUGGGUCCUCUCCGAGAUAGAGCGGUUCAUGCGGGAGCAUCCCGAGGCGCUGCAGCAGCAGCCGCCCAUCGGCAUCGUGCCCAUGGGCACGGGCAACGACCUUGCCCGCUCGCUGGGCUGGGGCUCCAAGUUCCGCGACGCGGCGCACGUUGCGAGGUACGUGCACAAUGCCCUGGAGGGCACGGUGGUGGAGCUCGACCAGUGGAAGGUGACGCUGAGACCGAAGUCGCUGCUGCCGCCCGCCCUGCAGCGGGUGCACGAGCACGGGCUGGACCACGUGGCUUACUUCCAAAACUACUUCUCGGUCGGCAUGGACGCGCAGAUCACGCACGGCGUGGACCUCGCGCGCCGUGACUCCUGCGGCAGGUGCUGCUUCCGCUCCGGUCUGGGCAAGUGCUGCUACCUGUUGCACGCCCCCUGCAGGUGCUGCUGCUGCGCGCCCCCGCCGCUUGGCGCGGACCUCCAGGUCCGCUACGCCCCUGCCAGCUCACCCGACGGGCCGGCGACGAUGGAGCCGAUGGUGCUGGAGGGCGAGGUGCGCCAGUUCACCAUGACGAACAUUAACUCCUACGGCGCUGGCCGGGUGCUGUUUUCGAGCGAGGAUCUCGCAAGAGUGCGGCCUGACGACGGGUUGUUGGAGGUGUUCACCGUCCCUGGUCCGCUAGCGCUCGGGCUGCUCAACACCGUCAGGUCCACGAAGUUCAUCCAGGCGCGCAGGGUUGAGCUGACGCUCGGCAGUGGGCAGUUCUUCCAGCUGGACGGUGAGCCGUUCUUCGUCGGCGCGGAGUGCCACGUGGCCGUGGAGCACCACCGGAAGCUGCGGCUGCUGUGCCCGCCGCGGCAGGGCCGCCACGCCGCCGGCGGGGAGUGGCGCGGCCGGCAGAGGCGCGAGUUCUGGCGGGGGCCCGCACCGGCGCCGCCGGCGGGCGGACUCGCGGGGGAGGCGCCGGUGUGA